UUUUGAAAAGCCUUCUGUGGCGCCGCCGCGCCGCCAUGUUGGCUCAAAGCCUAUAGGCCUUAAAGGGGAACCCUGGGUAGCGGCUUGGCGCCGAAAUGGAGGACAGCGUCCCAGAUUCAUAACCCCCUUCGCGUGGGAGGAGCUUGGUUUUCUGGAAGCUCCGUGGAGAAAAAACGUCCGGGCAGACGGGCGUCAGUGGGAGGAAGAAAACACCGACCGACGGCUGGAAAGUGUCGCCGAGCCGAGCGGAAGGAGACGGAGAGCGGGGCCACCUGAAGUCCACGCCGGACACUUGUCAGUCACACGACCAGGAGGACUGUGUGUGCAUCCCCGAAAAGUGUAACCCGUGGCCGUUUCUGGACGCGACGGUCCGCGUAGCCCACCUGGAUCGGUGCCGUAACCCGAGCCCGAUGGACACUCUCCAGCCGGGUCUGUUCGGGCAUUUGGUCCCCCCUCGGCCAGUGUAACAGCCGGAGCCGUUAGCGGCAGAGUCAGACGCACCGGCGGAGUAGUUUGCCAUAAUGUUUGUAGGGUUUGCUUUUUGAGACGGGAGUGCGAUACCGGGAAGCUUUGGGAAAGGCGGGGCCGAACCGGUGGACUCCCGAACUGGAUUACUGAGCUCUCUGCCUGUGCCGAUUCACUCACAGCGACGCAGCGUUUUUUUUUGUUUUUGUUUUUCUUUAUUUUUUUUUAAUUUUUUUGGGGGGGUGGGGGGCGGGGGGGUCGACGAAGGGAGGCAAGAACUCGGAUUUAGAAACCUCUCUUUGGAACUCUUUACCGACUGCCCCGCAGCCGAGGACACGGCUGGCGUGCUGUCCGGUAUCUCCGCCGAACGGCCGAGCCGCUCGUGGCCUUCGUCGCCACCGUCUCUCAGGAGCUCAGGAGCGGGUUCGGGACGCAUAUUUUGGGGAUAAUCCCCCCCCCCCCCCCAGCCGGGGUCGGACUAUGGCGGACGACGACAUCCUCUUUGAAGAUGUGUACGAGCUCUGCGAGGUCAUUGGCAAGGGUCCCUUCAGCGUGGUGAGAAGAUGCAUCAACAGGGAGACGGGGCAGCAGUUUGCUGUCAAAAUCGUGGAUGUGGCCCAGUUCACCUCCAGUCCAGGACUCAGCACAGAGGACCUGAAGAGGGAGGCCAGCAUCUGCCACAUGCUGAAACACCCCCACAUUGUGGAGCUGCUGGAGACGUACAGCUCGGAUGGGAUGCUCUACAUGGUUUUUGAGUUUAUGGAUGGAGCAGACCUGUGUUUUGAGAUUGUGAAGAGGGCGGAUGCUGGCUUUGUCUACAGCGAAGCAGUAGCCAGUCACUACAUGAGACAGAUCCUUGAGGCGCUACGCUACUGCCACGACAACAACGUCAUCCACCGAGACGUCAAGCCUCACUGUGUGCUGCUGGCGUCCAAAGAGAACUCGGCUCCAGUGAAGUUGGGGGGGUUUGGAGUAGCCAUCCAACUCGGGGAGUCGGGACUGGUGGCAGGAGGUCGUGUAGGCACUCCUCACUUCAUGGCCCCUGAGGUGGUGAAGAGAGAGCCCUACGGUAAGCCCGUGGACGUGUGGGGCUGUGGAGUCAUCCUCUUCAUCCUCCUCUCAGGGUGUCUGCCUUUCUACGGCACCAAGGAGCGUCUGUUUGAAGCCAUUUGCAAGGGCAAAUACAAGAUGAACCCGCGCCAGUGGAGCCACAUCUCAGAGAGCGCUAAGGAUCUGGUGAGGCGCAUGCUGAUGCUGGACCCUGCCGAGAGGAUCACCGUCUACGAGGCUCUUAACCACCCCUGGCUCAAGGAGCGGGACCGUUACGCCUACAAAAUCCACCUGCCAGAGACUGUGGAACAGCUGAGAAAGUUCAACGCCAGGAGGAAGCUUAAGGGGGCUGUGCUGGCCGCCGUGUCCAGUCACAAGUUCAACUCCUUCUAUGGAGACCCUCCCGAGGAACUCCACGACUUCUCCAACGACCCCACCUCCUCAGGAGCUGUGUCUCAGGUGUUGGACAGUUUAGAGGAGAUCCAUGCUUUGACGGACUGCAGUGAAAAGGAUCUAGAUUUCCUCCACAGCGUUUUCCAGGACCAGCAUCUACACACACUGCUCGAUCUGUACGAUAAGAUCAACACCAAGUCGUCCCCGCAGAUCAGAAACCCCCCGAGCGAUGCUGUGCAGAGAGCCAAAGAGAGUUCCUCCCAAGACGAAGCAAGUGGCGCUUUGAAACAUCUGGAAUAUGUACUGGAAGAGAUCUCCUGCUACCCAGAGAACCACGAAGCUAAAGAACUCAGACGGAUACUGACCCAGCCACACUUCAUGGCCUUGUUGCAGGCCCACGACGUGGUGGCCCACGAGGUUUACAGCGACGAGGCUCUGAGGGUGACCCCUCCACCCACCUCGCCCUACCUGAACGGGGACUCCCCAGAGAGCACCAACGGAGACAUGGACCUGGAGAACGUCACCAGAGUCCGUCUGGUCCAGUUCCAGAAGAACACGGACGAGCCAAUGGGUAUCACGCUGAAGAUGAACGACUCAAACCACUGCAUCGUUGCACGGAUAAUGCACGGGGGAAUGAUCCACAGACAGGGAACGUUGCAUGUAGGAGAUGAGAUCAGGGAGAUCAACGGCAUCAGCGUGGCCAACCAGACUGUUGAGCAGCUGCAGAAGAUGCUGAGGGAAAUGCGAGGCAGCAUCACCUUCAAAAUAGUGCCAAGUUACCGAACGCAGGGCUCCUCGUGUGAGAAAGAGUCCCCCAACACCUCCAGGCAGUCCCCUGCCAAUGGCCACUCCAGCAUUAACAGUUCUAUCUUGGACCUACCAUCCACCAUUCAGCCCAAGGGUCGACAGAUUGUACCCAGACCUCCAAUCAAGGACAAAAUGUCUGUUAAGAUCUAUGUGAGGGCCCAGUUUGAAUACGACCCCUCCAAAGACGAACUCAUCCCCUGCAAAGAGGCCGGCAUUCGCUUCCGGGUGGGCGACAUCAUCCAGAUCAUCUCCAAGGACGACCACAACUGGUGGCAGGGCAAGCUGGAGAACACAAAAAACGGCACAGCGGGCCUCAUCCCGUCACCUGAGCUGCAGGAGUGGCGAGUGGCCUGUAUAGCCAUGGAGAAGACCAAGCAGGAGCAGCAGGCCAGCUGCACCUGGUUCGGCAAGAAGAAGAAGCAGUACAAAGACAAGUAUUUGGCAAAGCACAACGCAGUCUUCGACCAACUAGACCUUGUCACAUAUGAGGAGGUUGUGAAGCUUCCUGCUUUCAAGAGGAAAACACUAGUUUUGUUAGGUGCCCAUGGAGUCGGCAGAAGACACAUCAAGAACACACUCAUAACCAAACACCCCGACAGAUUCGCCUACCCCAUCCCACACACAACCAGACCUCCGAAGAAGGACGAGGAGAACGGGAAGAACUACUACUUUGUUUCCCACGAUCAGAUGAUGCAGGACAUCAGCAACAACGAGUACCUGGAGUACGGCAGCCACGAGGACGCCAUGUACGGGACGCGGCUGGAGACCAUACGGAAGAUCCACCAACAGGGGCUUGUAGCUAUACUGGACGUCGAACCUCAGGCCCUGAAGGUCCUGCGGACAGCAGAGUUCGCCCCGUACGUCGUCUUUAUCGCCGCACCGACGAUCACGCCAGGCAUCAACGAGGACGAGUCUCUUCAGCGGCUGCAGAAGGAGUCGGAGAUCCUGCAGAAGACCUACGCCCACUACUUCGACCAGACCAUCAUCAACAACGAGAUUGAUGAGACCAUCAGGCACCUGGAGGAGGCCAUAGAUCUGGUGUGCACCACCAGCCAGUGGGUUCCUGUGUCGUGGGUCUACUGACCUGCACCUCCUCCUCCUCUUCCUCCUCCUCCUCCUCCUCCUCCCCUCACUCUCUCUGCUCCUCCAUCUCCCCUCCCAGCAGCAACACCUCGGCCAAACUCCCAUCAUUCCCUCUUCAAAAUAAGAAUAAAUAAAGACAAAAAGUGAUGGAGGACCUCUCUCCUCGCUGCACUUGAUCGUAACCACCCUCGGCGUAUUGUGAAAGCGACCACGGCAUCAACCGAAACCCUCUCCAACGCCGCACAACCAGCCGUCGGCAGACAGUUAUCGGACUCUUGCCCUUACAGACGACCUAGUCCUAGUGUUGUAUAAAAAACAGAGUAAACAAACGUGAAUAUUGUCAUGUCUGUACUAGCUAGGAGGCAACAUUUUUGUAGAUGUUUGUUUUAAAGAGACAGUCCUGAGUCCCGUCAUCCCACCUGGUCUCCACCACCACAAACCUCCCAUCGCAUCGUAGUCCCGUCGGGUGUCGUGAACCAUCUGUAGAGUGACGGUGUCAGUGGCCAUUCGGUCCAACAGCAGACUGAAGCAAAAGCACACAAACGAGCUGCAGCGUCUUCUCCUCUGUGGGUCAUGUCCCUUUCCCUCAUUUCUUAUCCGUUCCUGUUCUUUUCUGAGCGCCGCCUUCGUCCUCUCACCAUCUGUCCCGCUGUUAGCCCUUGGUACAGAUACAGUAUCUCGCGCACGCGCACGCACACACACGCUCCUUUUUACCUACCAGGUACUGUCUCUUCUAAAUAAAUCCGUAAAUGUUUUAGAGAUUUGAAUGAGGUUAUCAUGCAUGUGGACAUUUGCAAGCUUCCAUGCUGUCAGUCAGUCAGUGUUCCCCGUGUCCCUCUGUAAACCUCCGAGAAAGAAAAGAAGACAAAAAUAUAUACUUAAAAAAAAACAAAAACAUUCCAGCUGUUUGGAAAACUGAACUCGGCGAAGGGAGGCAAGAAGCGGGCAAGAAAAAAACCAACAGCGACGGAGCCGGAUGUUGACUUGACACCUAUGCACAUCCCUUGCAUUUUGGGUGACAUUUCUAAACCACAAAUUUCUAUUAAAAAAAAAAAAAAAAAAAUCAAUCAUGUAGUGAGAUGUGUUUGUAAAAAAGAAAAUCAAAUAAAAGUCUUGAUUUUUCUCUUUUUGAUUUGUCACACAAAUUUAAAAAAAAAGGAAGAUUUCCCUUAUUCCUCCUUUGCCAUUUGAGAAACGUGAUGUCCAAGAGUAUUAGUGUUUCAAUCAGCUUUAAAAAUCAAUGAGAGAUGAAAUGCUGAUUUUCAUUCUGAAGCUGUAACCGUCUGCAAACAAAGUGUGCACUUCAUAUUCUGCAAAGGUGACGACUUUGCGAGGGAAGAGGAGGCAGUGUGUGCAUCUGAAUAACCAUGUAUGUGAAUAUGACAGACUGACAUACAACUGCCCCUUGUGUAAAUGACUCUGCAGUGAUAAUGAAGUUCUUCAGUAUGAACAAUUUUUUAAAUAUAUUUCCUCUUAUG